AUGGCACCUACACCGGAGGCUGUAACACCAGCGGCGGUUUUUCAAUUUGAUGCUUUCAACCCGAAUACGACAAGGUGCUCACGUUGGGUGAAACGGUUUGAGACAGCUCUGGUGAUAUUCAACAGCGAUCAGGAAAAAAAGCGUCAAUUCUUACUUCAUUACAUAGGUGCGGCAACAUAUGAUGUCCUCUGCGAUAAAAUCCUACCACGUACACCAGAAGACAUUACGUAUACGGAAAUCGUUAACACAUUGGAGGAGCAUUAUAACCCAAAACCCAACGAAAUUUUGGAGAAUUACAGAUUCCACUUGCGGAAACAGGAAGGCGAGGAAUCAUGCAUGGAUUUUUUAAUGGCGCUACAAAGGUUAGCGGUCACAUGUAAAUUCGGAACGUAUUUAAAUACGGCACUCCGCAACCAAUUUGUUUUUGGAUUAGCAAGCUCCAAGGUCCAAGGAAGGUUACUGGAAAAGAGAGAGCUCACACUGGAUGAAGCCGUUAACAUUGCAAAAGCCUACGAAGCAGCAGAAAAAGGCGGGAUCGAAAUCCGGAACUGCGCAAAGACAAAUGAAACAAGCGUAGACAAAAUACGAAUACAAGGUAAACACAAACUGACACAGGACAAGAGACAAAGCAAAGACAAUGAUAAACAGGGCAAAAUUGUCAAAUGCUUCAGAUGUGGCAGCUCUGCACAUUUGGCAAACGCAUGCACAUAUAAAGAAACAAUGUGUCACUAUUGCAAAAAGAAGGGGCACUUGAAGAAGAUGUGUUUGCAGAAAAAGAAGCAAAUUAACGAAAUUUCUGAUGAAAAGGAAACGUUACGGCAAAAUACUGACUGUAAGGUAGAAGACUUAUUCCAAAUUAGUUGCUUAAACAACAAAGCUGAGCCAAGACGUAAAUUACUUUGUUCUUUAGAUGUGGAGGGUGAACUAAUUUCUUUUGAAAUUGAUACAGGCUCGCCUGUAAGCAUAAUCAGUCUGGCUGACGCAAAGAAAUAUUUUUCGAAAGCUAAAGUGAAGGAGAGUGAUACAAGCUUCUAUAGCUAUUGCAACACAAGGUUGGAAUGUUUGGGAUACAUUGACGUCCAGGUACGUUGCGACGAAAGAAAUACAAAAGCAAAACUAUACAUAGUGCGGUCGGAUCGUAAACCAUUGCUAGGCAGGGAGUGGCUUAGAGCUGUAAAGUUAAAUUGGUCAAGAAUUUUCCACGACCAACUCGACGCAGAUGUUGUAGUAAAGAGUAUUUCACAAAAUAAACCGCAAGAUCAGGUGAAAAGCAUAAGAAAUUUCCAAACUUGUUUUCGGAUACAAUCGGAACUAUUGCUGGCCAUCAAGCGAGUACCACUUUGGGAGGCUGUAGAGGCAGAACUUGACAAGCAGGUGAGUGAAGGAUUGUUGGAAAAAACGGAUAAGAGCGAAUGGGCUUCACCCAUAGUCGUGGUACAAAAAGUGGAAGGCAAAGUGCGAAUCUGUGGCGACUACAAGCUUACGUUGAAUCCUGCACUACGCAUAGAUGAACACCCACUACCGACAAUAGACGAACUCUUCAGGAAUACGGCAGGAGGUACAAAGUUUACAAAGAUUGACCUGUCAAAGGCGUAUUUACAAUUGCAAAUUCAUCCGGACGAUCGGCACCUGCUAACAUUGAGCACCCAUCGAGGCUUAUACCAACCUACAAGGAUGAUGUUCGGCAUUGCUUGCGCUCCAGCGGUUUGGCAAAGGUUCAUGGAGAAGUUGGUGGGAGACAUUCCGGGAGUUACUGUGUUCCUCGAUGACAUCAAACUUACUGCACCCGACGAUGCAACACACCUUGAACGAUUGGAAGAAAUCUUACGCCGUCUAGAUAAUCACAAUAUGAGGGUCAACCUUGGUAAGUCACAAUUUUUAGCAGAUCGUAUUGAGUACUGCGGUUAUCUCAUAGAUAAACAAGGCAUCCACAAAAUGAAACAAAAAGUGGAGGCUAUUCAAAACAUGAAAACGCCAACCAACAAAGACGAAGUCCGCUCUUGCUUGGGAUUGUUGCAGAAUAAAGUUGAGUUCAAUUGGGAUGCCAAAUGUGAAAAUGCCUUACAGUCAAUAAAAGACGUUAUGCAAUCGGACAUUGUGCUGACCCACUAUGAUCCUAAAUUACCAAUUACACUAGCUGUGGACGCGAGCCCGACCGGGGGGGCGGAGAACACCAACGCCGAUGCAAUGUCGAGGUUACCUUGCCCGGAAAAAUACUAUUGUAUUGAAGAGGUGGAUAUUAUUGAGUACGAAGCGAUACAAAACAGGCCAGUGACCGUAGAGGAGCUAAGUACAAAAACAAAAGCAGAUUGGGAAGUACACAAAUUGGUCGAAUGUCUUAAAUAUGGUCGCGAAUGCGAUGCAAAGGACCGAUUUGGAGUAGAACAGGUGGAAUUUACGCUACAGAAAGGCUGUCUUUUGCGUGGUAUCAGGGUCUACAUACCAAAACCCUUACGCAAGCGAGUACUACAGGAACUACAUACAGCUCAUUUCGGAAUGUCGAAAAUGAAAAGUCUUGGUCGAGCGUAUUGUUGGUGGCACAACAUGGAUAGAGAUAUCGAAAACUUGGUAUCGAAUUGCAACGCAUGCCAGUUGGUAAGAGCAGAACCGAAGAAGAAUACACCAGUGCAUUGUUGGGCAACACCUACAAAGGUGUUCGAAAGAGUCCAUGCGGACUAUGCAGGCCCAAUAUUUGGAAGGUACUUAUUCGUACUUGUAGAUGCGUUUAGCAAGUGGCCCGAAGUACAUAUUGUCCCGAAUAUGAAUACUGAAACUACAAUACAACGGUGCGAAGAUAUUUUUGCUACUUUCGGGUUGCCCAACGUUUUCGUGAGCGACCACGGAACGCAGUUUAAUUCAAAGGCGUUCCAAAGUUUCUUGAAAAACAACGGCAUCACACAUAAACAAGGCGCACCGUACCACCCCGCGACUAAUGGCCAAGCGGAAAGGUUUGUGCAAACGGUAAAGACCAAACUACGUUCAGCUAAUUGCACUUCGAAUAGUAUGAAUCGCGAGCUGGCAAACAUUCUAAUGGCUUAUCAUCGAUCAAUUCACCCUGCAACAGGAAAAUCACCCGCGAUGAAUAUGAAUCCCAAGUAA